ACGUCAUGGCACUCACUGCUGCGGCCACACUGUCCGUCUGGGAUGUUCACAGGCAGGUAGUUGUGGUGAAAGAAGAGUCUCUCCACUCCAUCCUGGCAGGAAGUGAUAUGACAGUGUCACAGAUCUUGCUGACGCAGCACGGAAUCCCAGUGAUGAACCUGUCCGAUGGGAAAGCAUACUGCUUUGAUCCGUCACUUUCCACAUGGAACCUCGUUUCUGACAAGCAGGACUCCCUGGCCCAAUGUGCGGACUUCAGGAGCAGCCUGCCUCCCCAGGAUGCCAUGCUGUGCUCGGGACCCUUAGCCAUAGUCCAGGGUCGUGCCUCCACCUCGGGAAGGCAGGCAGCCCGGCUCUUCUCCGUGCCUCACGCGGUGCAGCGGGAGACCACCUUGGCCUACCUGGAGAGUCAGGUCGCAGCAGCGCUCACCCUGCGGUCCAGCCACGAGUACCGCCACUGGCUCCUCCUCUAUGCGAGGUACCUCGUGAAUGAAGGGUUUGAAUACCGACUCCGAGAAAUAUGCAAGGACUUACUGGGUCCGGUUCACUACUCCACUGGAAGCCAGUGGGAGUCAACGGUAGUGGUAGGUGCUUCUUUCAUUCUUGCCACAAGAAUACUCUCUUGAAAAGUAAAGGUGGAC